UUUCCUGCCCCGGAAACCUUGCGAAUCCGGUCUUUCGUUAUUAUUUAUCUACUAUUGUCUGAAACGUAUUCACCAACUGUCUAAGCUUGCGUAAUCCUAUGCAACUACAUAAUAAUACAUAUAUGUAGUUACGUGACACGUUUUAUCUAUCGGAAAUAGUUAUUAUAAUAGAACCGCGAUAAUAAUCAAUUCCCACGCGGAUGUUGGGAGUUUUUUCAAUCAUCAUCUUACCGCGAUCCGUUUGCAAUCGAGAUGCAAUCACUUUUUUCAGGUGAACGAACUGCGUAUUAGUGCGUAUGGUAAAAGAAGCUCUCAAUCUGGCGAUAACAAUAACCGACCAGCUGUUUGCAUUACAAAGUCGAGCAAAGGUGAUGUGUUUGGCAAGUAGUCGAUCAACGGAAGCAAAGCACGCGAUCGCAAACGAUUCGAUCGAAGGUGGUUCGAUCGAACGAGGAACGAGGAACGAGGAACGAGUAUGUUUGCCAAAUCGAAAAGCAGCGGUUCGGCGCCGAACGUUCUUCUUUCGAAUCCUCUCCAGAAUUUCUACGAAAUUGGCAAGCAAUCGGCUACCGCGGGUCCCGAAAAUGCGUGGCGCGUCUACGACGCGUAUGCGAAAGCGGACAGAAAGCAAGUUUCGAUAUUUUUCUUCGACAAGAGAUCGGUUGAGAAACUUUAUAAACCAAAGCGAAAGGAGACCGUGACUGAAAUUUUACGUAAUGGAGCUCGACAAAUGGAACGAUUUUCUCAUCCGAAAAUACUCCAGGCGUACAAAGUAGAAGAGUGCGCGGAUAGUCUGGCGUUCGCAUCGGAACCGGUGCUGGCUAGUCUGGCAAACGUUUUAGCGUAUCAGGAACAACAACGGGCAAACAGUAUCGGUCAAUCGACGAGCAACGUAACGAAGCAAACCUCCUCGGCUGCCAGUCAUCGUACCAUUUUUACCAAAGAGUACGAGUUACUUGAUAUCGAGAUCAAAUACGGUCUGUUACAGAUCACAGAGGCUCUGCUGUUUUUGCAUGUAACCCGCAAAGUUCUUCACAGAAACGUUUGCCCCGCGAGCAUUAUAAUUACCAAAAGGGGUACUUGGAAAUUGUCAGGCUUAGAAUUUAGUGAGAAAGUUAACGAGAUGUCGAUACUGCUACAACCGUGGACCAAUCGUAUACCGAAAAUGGCGCAACCGAAUCUCGAUUAUAUAGCUCCGGAAAUACAGCAGAAGAAAAUGGGUGGUUUCUACAGCGAUAUGUACAGUUUCGGUAUGACGAUAUGCGCGAUUUUCAAUCAAGGACGACCACUGAUUCAAGCGAAUCACAGUUGCUCCGAUUACCUGAAGCAACUAGAAAACCUCAAGGAACAGCUGACGGUGAUGUUACCUAUGAUUCCGUUGCCGCUUCAAGAAGCUGUUUCUCGGCUUUUACACGACGAUCCGGAAAAACGACCAACUGCUCAGGUUUUAUCGAUGAUUAAGUACUUUCUGGACCCAGCCGUACACGCGCUUCAAUUUUUGGAUGUAAGCAAGAUGAAAGACGUACUGCAGAAGGAGCACUUUUAUACGAACACGUUAAAAGGAAUAUUACCCUAUGUACCAAAGAAACUCUGGUAUCAACAUAUCUGGACGUAUUUACAAACUGAAUUGGAAAGUCAAGAGGUUCAAUCGGCUGCGCUACAACCGGUACUUUACAUCGUUCAGAACAGUACGCAAGACGAAUACGAUCAAAUCGUAUUCCCCUCGUUACGAUCACUAUUUUCGAGUCGCAAGUCGGUUCAGGGAACGGUUACCUUGUUGGAAAAUUUGCAUCUGAUAUUGAAGAAAACGUCUCGAGAAUACGUGGAGACAGAAGUGCUUCCAAUGCUCUACGCAUCCUUUGAAAAUUCAGUUAUUCAAGUGCAGACGGCCUCUUUCAUAGCCGUGUCAAACGUGACCGAGUACAUCGACGACGAGGCGAUUCGAAGUAUCGUUCUACCGAAAUUGCUUCAGGCCUUUGAGAAAGAUUCGGUGGAUUGCCGGAUACUGAUCAACGUCAUUCCGUGUAUUUUAAAUCGUCUGGAGAAACAAAAGAUCGUUGACUGUAUUUUACCAUUGUUGUUCAACAUUGAACUUCAAGAACCGGAGAUGAUCGUUCGGGUUGUAAAAAUUUACAGAUUAAUGCUAUCCGACAAAAAGUAUGGACUUUCGGUGAACUGGAUGGCGACAGGAGCGAUGCCUUCUCUCUUACCUCAGACGAUUAAUCCGUCGCUGAAUCUCGAACAGUUCGAGUUACUUUUCAAAGUUUUGCAAGAUAUGUUGAAUCACAUCGAAAGAUAUCAAAGAAAUCAAUUGACGUUGGACAAUUUGUCCCUGUCGAGUCCAGAACGAUAUCGGAGCUUACGACAUCAGCACAGUACGGACAAUAUGCACGUUCCGCCAUUUAAUAUACCGAACUUACGGAUCGAACAACGUAAAACUUCGUCGGCCGAAGAUAUGGCCAGAAAGAACAGUACAAAUUCGAUAUCGAUGACGGCUUCGGCCGAAAACAUGGCGAGGAAAAACUCGUUUGCCGCCGUAUUCGGAUGGUUCUCAUCUUCGAACAACGAUAGUAAUUUCUUGAAAGUGGCAAACACUUUCACCAGUAGACGACUCUCGGACAACACUCUGAUGGCACCCAAGAUACGAGUAGCACCGUCUUGUGCAAGCUCUCCGGGUGACACGCGCGGCGGUGGACUGCCGAUUCGUCGUCAUUCGAGUACUGGCCCUCAGGAGCGACGAGGAUCGAGCAUAAAUCUAUCGCCUCCAACGGGUGCAGGAAUGCCGAUCACGAGCAGCAGCGUGCCAUACUUGGUUAGCUCGAGUAUGAAUAGUAUACGCGGCUCGAGGCGCCCUUCGGUCUCCUCUACGUCCUCCCAGCAGGGCGCCGGAUUACUGCAGCAGGUUGGAUCCAGCAUGGUAAGACAACAACCCCCCAUCUGCCUCAACCUCAAUGGACCACCACCACAACCACCAACACUUUCUCCAUUACUCCAGCUACCGGGACAGCCUUCCCACUGACCCUUCGUUACAGUUAUCAAUUCUUCAGUAAGUAGUUCGAAGCUUGAGCCGUGAUUGCCUGACGAGGAAGUUUGAGAAGAAGACGCGCUACCGGUGUUAUCCUAACGAGCUACUGGUCUACCGUCCGUACCAUAGAAAUCAACAAACAAAAGGAUACGAGCAAAGGAGAAUCAUUUUUUUUUUUUUUUUUCUAUUUUAGCUACGUCGACGCAGAAAAUUUGAAAACGAAGGUGACAGUUAUUUUGGUCGAUUAUCAGCGAUACUACUACGUACCUUGCGCACACGCUCGUUCGCGUGUCGACGCGCGCGCGCGCAUACACAAACAUAUAUUAUCACACAGAUAUAUGGAUGAAUACUUUUUAUUCUUAAGAUAGUUAUAAUUUGGAGCCUAAAAUUGAUUAACGGGAACGUCUUUUAAACUGGCCUAACCGUGUCGUUCAAGUACGAAGUAGACGUUAAACGCGAUAGAUUGGCCGUUGCGCGCGUACGGUUGGUGAAAAAAUAGGUUUACGAUAACGAUCGGGAUAUGUGCCGUAUGUAUAUGUAAUGUAUCUAUAUGUACCUCCUUUCAUAUAUUUCACCGAUCAUACGUGUGCCCGUGCGCGUUUCGAAAGUAAUUCUAUAUUUCCUCUAUUCGUCUUAUACUCAAUUACGUUGUAUGUAUGUACAUACGUACUUGUAAGUAUCUUUAAGCAGGAACAAAAACAGCAGGUUCCUUCUCCUUUUCGUAUCGCUAUAUCGUGGUUUUCCCCUUUUUUCCUUUUCAAUUAAAAGAAGAUUAAUCGCGAUAUGAAAUUCACGGUUCCACGAUUUAAUGUCAAUUGUAGUUUUUGUAAACGGCAAAACAAGGAUUAGGAGACGACACCGGUGCACGAGCGCAGCGUACAUACGUAUGUAUGCAAGUUGGUAAGAUGGAAAGCGAGACGAAGCGAGACGAAGCGAUUCAGUCGGCCGUGCUAAAGUGUCAGUGUCCAAUGAAAUGCACGUAUACAUAUCAAAUUCGCGGAACGUUCGCGCAAUUAUUUAAAUAGAAUAUUUCAGAGGUUUGGCGAACCUUGAUCCUGCUCGAAUUCGGUAACAGUAUCUACUUACCUGUAGAAUGUAGAAUGUCGAUAAGUCGAGACGCGCAAGUAGCAGGGCCGGGGAAAAGGAUUGAUAAAGAUAGAAAGUAAAUAAAAGUAUAUUGGAAAGAAGGGACGGCGAUGAUUCUGGAUCGUAGAAUGUAAAAGGUAGAAUCACGUACGCGACACUAGGAAACAAAGUGUCCUUAAGGUUCAAAGGCCGGAACUGUCUUUCCGUUCUCUGUGAUUGCGAUCGUUGACGAAUCGCGUGCAACCGAACCGCGCGGACAAUCAUGGACAAUCAUGGACAAUCGUGGACAAUCAUCGAAAAAGAGCGAGUGGUGGUCGCAAACGUGGGCAUCCUCGCCUCGAGUUACCCCGAGCUACUCGCUUUUCCUCUCUUUUCAACCUGUUUGCCAACUGACUUAUUCCGCGUGAUCGAUCUCUUGCCCUAUAUGUAUGUAGAUAGUGGAGAUCGCGAUCAUCGCGUACAAACGAUGCGCGAAAAGACAAUCAUUCCGUCAAAGCGUCGAAAUACGACUUUAUUUGCGCUUUGAACGAACAAUAACUUUUUCCACGCGUACCUGCUAACUAAUAGAAACGGUCUAGCUAAACGAGCAAAGGGUCUUUUUCUCUUUUUCAUUUCUUCUUUUCUGCGUUAUCGUUCCUACGGCCAAUUUGAUAGCCGGCUAGCUGAUAAUCCAGAUUCUUUAUUCGAGUAUCUCUCUAUGUUUUCAUCGUACACGCGUACGUAGAUGGUCAAUUUUGUUUGAUUAAGAUUACGAUUACGAUUACGAAUACGAUGUUUUGUCGUUUUUGGUCGCUGUUAGCGUUACGAUACGAUGUUCCGUCUGUACUCUUAUACAUGUACACGCGUAUAAAUGGAUCAACGACGAAUAAAUGUGCUCAAUAGAGAAAAUUUCGGCAUCUUCGCCGAAACAAUUAUGUACUCUGUUCGCUGUAUACGAGUAUGUAAGCGACCUACGACUUACGAUCGACCUAUUUUUCCCCGAUUAACAAUUAGACCGUUGUUUGAUCAUCUCGGUGUAAGUGUAUACAAAUUCAUGUAUUAUUCCUUUUGAAGGAUGUGCAAUAAUAAUAAAAGGCGAUAUAUGUCGA